AUGGAGACUGCAACGAGUGACAGCCAGCAGAAACUAAUCUCAUCAUUCAUGGAGAUCGCUGUUGGUCAAACCAUGGAAACCGCAAUAGGAUUCCUAAAGGCAACAACCUGGAACCUUGAAGAAGCCAUUAACCUCUUUCUCAUCCAUAAUCAACCUCCUAAUAAUCAAAACUCAUCACAACAGUAUAGGAGUGGCUAUCAAGAAGAACAAAUCCCUCUUCCUCUACCUUCGGUUAGGGCUACUCUCUGUGAAUCUUCUUCCAUGAAUCAAGCUCCGCUCGAAGUACAUUCGGAGAAGAUCUGGGAAUCAGAAUCAGAAUCAGAAUCGUCUGAUUCAUCCUCUGAUGGAUCAUCAGAUUUGAGAUUGUCUUCUUUGUUCCGUCCUCCUCGGAAGCUUCUUUUCAAAGGUUCGUUUGAAGACGCGAAAAAAACAUCUUCUAGAAAGGAUCUGUGGUUGCUAGUGAAUCUCCAAUCCACGAUCGAGUUUGCUUCUCAUGCGCUUAACCGAGAUUUAUGGUCAAACGAGGCGGUUUCUCAAGCCAUCGAGUCUAGCUUCAUCUUAUUGCAAGUCUACGAUGAUACAACCGAAGGACAGAAAGUCUCUACUUUUUACAAGAUCGAAUCUGCUCCUCCUGUGGUGCUCCUCAUCGAUCCCAUCACUGGCCAGAAGAUGCGUUCAUGGACCGGCCAGAUUGAUUCCCAGAGCUUUGUCGAGGAUUUGACGAAGUACAUCGAUUCUGGUCCUCAUGAACACAUUGCUUCUCAGACAAGCAACAAACGCAUGAAGACAAACAUGUUUUGUUCUCAAAGAAACCACACUACGGAUAAUCAAAACAUGUCUACGGAUAUUAAAUAUUCUGUGGACCACACUGAUCACAUCGUGGCACCCCAAGAACUUGAAGAGCUAACGGAACAUGAGGCGGAGACUUGUCCGUCAAGCAACCACAGUGACCACAUCUUGGCUCCUUUGAAUGAAGAAUUUGAAGAGUCUGCAGAAGUCAAGGAGGAGGACACUUGCUUAGGGUUUCCGGCUUUGACAGAAGAGCCAAAAGGAGACUGCGAUCGAAGCAUUGUGUGCAGUCUCUGCGUUAGGUUUCCAGAUGGGAGAAGAAAGCAGAGGAAGUUUCUUAAGAGCGAACCGAUUCAGCUUCUUUGGUCUUUCUGUUAUUCUCAGAUGGACGAAUCCGAGAAAAAGGAGUUCAAGCUGGUCCAAGCGAUUCCUGGUGCUUCAAAGACUCUGGACUAUGGAGCUAGCAACACUUUCGACCAAUCUGGUCUGGCUAACUCGAUUGUUUCGGUUACUUGGGAGUGA